CCGACCCGAGAAUGGCGGACCAGCGCCUGCUCCUCCUCCUCCCGGCGUUGUUGUUCCUGCAGCUGCCCGGCGUGGUGACGGGCGACUGCUGGCUGAUCGAGGGCGACAAAGGCUACGUGUGGUUGGCCAUCUGCAGCCAGAACCAGCCGCCCUACGAGACCAUCCCCCAGCACAUCAACAGCACGGUGCACGACCUGCGUCUGAACGAGAACAAGCUGAAGGCGGUGCUCCUCACGUCCAUGUACCGCUUCACCAACCUCACCGACCUCAACCUCACCAAGAACGAGAUCAGCUACAUCGAGGACGGCGCCUUCGCCGGACAGGCCAACCUUCAGGUUCUGCAGCUGGGCUACAACAAGCUGACCAACCUGACCGAGGGCAUGUUACGAGGACUGGGUCGAAUGCAGUGCCUCUUCCUUCAGCACAACCUCAUCGAGGUCAUCGCCGCCAAUGCCUUCUGGGAAAGUCCCAGCCUGAGCAGCCUCGACCUGUCCUCCAAUAAGCUGUCCCGCCUGGACCCGUCUACCUUCACCGUCCUCAACCGGCUGAUCGUAUGCGAGCUUGUGGGAAACCCCUUCCACUGCGGCUGCGACCUCUACAGCUUCCUCACCUGGCUGGAGAUGUUCAACAACGUCACUCACACCUACGACCGCCUCCAGUGCGAGACCCCUCGAGAAUUCAACGGCUAUCCUCUCCUGAGUCCGUUGCCGGGACACGGGAGGAACGCCAGAGUCAUCCUGUCGAACAGGUGUCAGGACGGUGUCAUAAUUCCAGGGCUAUCGUCCACCGGACCGGAUCUUGAUGGCUCCGGCAUGGGCCUGGACAACCCAGACCCGGGCUUGUACCACCAGCCGAGCUUCGCGUCAACCCCCGAUCCCACCUACAACCAUCAGAUCUCUUUAAGGCUCAGGAGCGUCUCGUUCUUCACUGCUUCCGUCGUGGUGCGAUUACCGCGACCCUACAGCAAGAUGUACGUCCUGUCGCAGUACAACAACACCUUUGUGGCGGACAUCAUGCCCCUCAAGACCACGAAUGAGAAAAUCAAUUUGGAUAAGCUGCGCCCGCACACCAACUACACGUACUGCGUGGCCUCCGUCAGCAAGUCCCAGCGCUACAACCACACGUGCUUGUCCUUCGCCACGCGGGCGAUUGGACUGGCGGACCCCCGAAGCAAUCCGUCCACCACGACGCACUACAUCAUGACCAUCUUGGGGUGCCUCUUUGGUAUGGUCAUCGUGCUCGGGUGCGUCUACUACUGCCUGAGACGGCGACGCAUCCACGAAGAGAAGGAGAAAGCUCUGAGUGUCAAGAAAACCAUCUUGGAGAUGAGGUACGGUCCGGAGGCGGCGGCGGCGGUGGCUAAUGACCCGGCCGCCAUGCAGCGCCUCCAGGAGCAAGCCCACCACCAGCACCACCACGGAGGCGGGGCGGGGAGCAAGCUGCCCCCGUCGGCGUCCUCGAGCACGGGCAUGCUCCACGGCUCCGCCAACACCACCUCCUCGCGCCUUUCCAGCUUGCCGCAGGUGGAGAAGAUGGCCUCCGCCUACUCCGAGGCGAUGACCGCCAAGGGGAGUUACAUGGACGUGAGGACCGCUGGAGGGAUUCUGGAGUGCAGGGAGGGAGAGAUAUUGGCGGGGGGUCCGGCGGGGGAAAUCGGUUUGGAUAUGAGAGGCGCGGCGGAAAACGGGACGGACGUGGCGGAGGAUUCCGACGAUGAGGGCCGUGGCUCUGCCUCCGAGAUCUCCACCAUCGCCAAGGAGGUGGACAAGGUCAACCAGAUCAUCAACAACUGCAUUGAUGCCCUGAAACUGGACGCCUCAGCCAACGUCAUCGCUACGGCGGAUAACAACCCAGUGUCCUCCGCACAGCCUCAAGUCUGCCUCGCGUCCCACUCCCGGAAUCUGCUGCCCCUCUCACCGGGAGAUCAGGCGAUCAUGGCGUCCUCCCCGAAAGUGCACCCGAAGUCUCAUCCUCAAGCCGCGCCUCAGCUUCACCAGAAGCCACUCCCACCCUCCAUGGCCCCCGUACCCCUGGUGAUGCCCCUGUCGGAGCGGCCCGGCAUCAGCGGCGGAGGGUUCCUCUCCCCUCCGUACCGUGACCCGCCCCCGGCCAACGCGGUGAGACCUCUGCAGAGGCAGUUGAGUGCUGACACUGCCGUGGCAAAGAACCGCUGCGGGCCCCCUGCCGGGGCAACCGUCAAGAGCACCAGGGUUUUCAGCAUGGACGUUCCCGAGCAGCGCAGCGAUCCGCCCAAGUACCCGUCGGAAAAGAACAGCCCCGUCGGCUGUGGCAGGAGCGCAGGCGGAGUAGGGGGCUGCAACGGCGUCAAUGGCAGCGGGGUGAGCGUGAACGGCGGUGGCAUGGCGUGUAGUAACGGCGGUGGAGGUCGAGGUGUGGCGGCCGGUCAGCAGCACCACCUGGAGGUUCAGCCCGAUUACCACAGCUCCGAACACCGCCAUUCCUUCCCCGCUCUCUACUACGAGGGCGGCAGCGAGUCGCCCUCGCCGGCCCAGAAGGCGUCCUUCCUCAAGCCACUGGGGCGCUCCAAGAGGGAUGCCACGGCCGCCUACUCCCAGCUCUCGCCCUCCCGCCACCACCACCACUACAACUCGGGCUACUCCUCCAGUCCGGAGUAUUCCUCGGAGAGCACGCUGAGGAUCUGGGAGCGAUUCCGCCCUUACAAGAAAAGGGAGGAGGCGUCUUAUAUAGCGGCGGGCCACGCCCUGCGGAAGAAGGUGCAGUUUGCCAAGGACGAGGACCUUCACGAUAUUUUAGACUACUGGAAGGGCGUCUCUGCCCAGCAGAAGAUGUAGGCGGAAGCCAACCGUCAGAGGGAGAAAAAAAAAAGGUUGGACGCCAACAAGACUAUAAAGUUUUGGUUUUAAUGUAGCAGGACACCUUUUCUCUCAGUUCCUCCAAGGUGUGCUUUUACUUUGAAAAGGUUUCUUCUUCUAAUUUGAUUUGGGGAGAAUCCAGCUAGACUUCCCCCCCGCUGGGCGCUUUGGUCCUGGCAGGCUGAAUGAAAGGUUGAGGAGCGAACAAAAGAGGAGGGAAAAACUACCUCAUUAGCGACACGGCGUGGCAAAGUUAUCUCUCGGCGAGCAGACGCCCGCAAACUCUCGCUUCGCUAAUUCCAUCAAACCGCCUUUCACCAAACGUUCAUUGCACGCCUCCGCCUGCACCGCCGCCGCUCCCGCACAGGCACCGUUUAGCGAGAUAUUGAUGCGGCGGGAUGAGGAGUUUUAGACAUGAGAAGACAGCUAGUUGUCGGGCUGGCGAGUUGUCGACCUUAGAGCACUUCUGGGACGUUUGUGUAGCGUAUCGAUUGAGGAAAAACUCCCGACUCCGUACGUUCGACUUAAGGAGGGUGGAGUCCGCCAAUACCAUCCGCCUCUUACCAUCCACCUCCUCCGUGCUAGCAAAGCUGAUAGCUUAGUGCCGGGGUCUUAAGUGUUUUCCACGCCAAGGACCCCCAAACUGAUGCAGAGAGGACCUCCUACAUUCAGGGGUGUCCAAAGUUUGGACAAAUAAACCCCCAAAAAGUAAGCAAAUUGACGUAAUGUAACGAGGAAAUGAUAUACAUAAAGUUUUAUUAGCAUUUAAUUUUUAUUAAAUUAAAAAAACAAAAUGGCACCGCCAAAACAAAUGGACACCCUUGCUCUACUUAUAUUUCCUGGGUACAUUUAUUUUUUAAAUGAAACUGCUUCUAAAGGUAUUUUGUAUUUUGUUGUCGUGCUAAACUAAGAUAUUCAAAUGCUACAGCUCGUGCACUGAUCGCUAGCUGGCAACUAGCACCGCUAAUCGUUAGCUGGCUAGUAGAACGUUAAAUGUUAGCUGAUAGCUAGUGAAGUAUUUGCUAGCUGACGCCUAGCUCUUCUAAUUGCUAGCUGGACACAAGAUCGCUAAUCGCUAGCUGGCCGCUAGUGCAAUAAUCAAUAGCUGACAGCUAGUGCGCUAAUCGCAAGCUAUCAACCAGUGUGUUAAUCGCUAGCUGGCAACUGGGGAAAUAAUCACACGCUGAGAACUAGUGAAAUAAUCGCUAGCUUGUAGCUAGAGCGCUAAUCUCAACCUGGAAAUAAUAGAUAACUGAGAGCUUGCACCAUUAAUCGCUCGCGCCGCUAAUUGCUAGCUGGAAACUAAAGCGCCAAUAGCUAUCUGGCAUCUAAUGAAAUAAUCACUAUCUGGCAGCCGUCACUGCUAAUUGCUGGCUGGCAACUAGUGCAUUAAUCACUAGCUGUCAGCGAGUGAGACAAUUGCUAGCUAACAUCUAGCACUGUUAAUUGCUAGCACCGCUACUCGUCAGCUGGAAAACGGGAACGCUAAUCGCUAGCUGUCAACUAGUGCUAUAGUACCAGUGAAAUAAUCGCCGGCUGGCAACUAGCACCAUUAUUUGCUAGCAACGCUAAUUGUUAGCUGGCAACUACUGUGCUAAUUGCCAGCGUUCAACUAGAGCGCUAAUCUCUAGCCAGUCACUAGUGAAAUAAUUGCUAGCUGACAGUUUGCACCAUUAAUGGUUAGCACCGCUAAUUACUAACUGGGAACUAGUGAAAUAAUCGCUAGUUGGCAGUUAGUGUCGCUAAUUGUUAGCUGGCAACUCGGGCGCCAAUACGAGACGAGGGUGUGUGUGUGUGUGUGUGUGUGUGUGUGUGUGUGUGUGUGUGUGUGUGUGUGUGUGUGUGUGUGUGUGUGUGUACACUGCUGUGGACCAAAGUGCCCCCAAGGGAGAUUUGAUUUCGACACUUUUCUAGGGUUGUCACUUUUUAUCGGGCGCUCGCAUUUUUUUUUUUUCCCGCCGCUCGAGUUGCGACAUUUCCGAGCUAUUAAGCACAAUUCCGCUCGAAGUGCUCUUUCACUUUCACUUUGAUGAAAAAAACAACAACGGGAUGAAAUGCUAACAACACUUUUGAAAAGUUAGCACAAUGUAAGGGUUGCAAACAGUCACUUUAAAGAAAAAUCGGAAAAGGGGCAUUACGUGGUCUUAACUUUUACGAAGAAAAAAACCUUGUUGACGUUUUUACUUACCUAUUUUUACCGACUUUGUUUUGUCACUUUUUCGUAUUUUAAAUACAGAGCAGAAAAGAGUAGCGCUACGUUCACAUUGCAGGGGUACAAUGCCCAAUUCCGAUUUUUUUUCUUAAAGCCGAUCUUUUUCUGGAGUCGUUCACGUUACCGAAAAAAAAUGACAAUUUUAUGAAUAUCAAAUGUGAACUCUACAUGUGGAGUUUACAAAAGUAAACGUUCGUGUUGGUGUCAGUCCCGAACUUUUCUCAGUUUCACGUAAUUUCACGUCGAAGAUUUAAAAAAGAGGUUUAAGAAUUUUAGUCUGUACUGUCCUGAGGACUUUGACGUGAGUUCUCCGAAAUGUUAAUCUCUUCUUAAACGUUUUUUCACAACGGACUGUUUUCUGUAGGGCUGUGAAUCUUUAGGCGCCUAACGAUCCGAUUCCUGGGGUGACGAUUCGAUUCGGAAUCAUGAGUAGAUUUAAAAUCGAGAUGAAUAAGAAUCGUAAUUUGGAUGUAAAUUUUGUGGACCCCCUUCUGCUCUUUCGUCUGUUUUUACGAAGAAUUUGUCUUCUUUUCACGACAUUUAGGUCGGAUGACUGCAAUUGCCAUCGUGUACUUAUACGAGUUAUAUCCGAACUGUAAAAAAAAAAAAAAAGGAGUUGGUAAUGUUACGAUAAAAACUGACAGCUCAGUUGAUAAAACUUUACUAUAAAAACUAAAGAGGUAUCAUUUUUUUUUGUUUUUACGUAGAUUUUACGUUAAAAAAAACCAGUGGCUCGAUUUUUUUAAUUUUUGCGGAAAAAUAACAAUGGUACCUUUUACAGUACUUUAAUUGUAAAAACCCUUAAAUCCGAUAUUUUUUUAAAUAACGCACGUAUUCAAAAAAAGUCGGGUUUGAAUAAAGUAUACAUUGACAAAAAAAAUCCGAUACAUGUCACGAACAGGAAAAAAACAUCGGAAUUGACCUGCGGUGUGAACAUAGCCGAGGUAAUGUAACACAAAUACGACCAAUAAGUGGAUUGCUACUUUGGGUUUAACUCUUUGUAAAACAUUCAAACAAUGUAGCUAGCUAGCUAGCGCAGCAGAAGGACCGUACGUUUCUUUGUUGCUAGGCAGAAUUAUCGUAAAAAAUGGAACACUGCAGGUUGCCCACAGGGGUUUUGGACACGGAACAGGAACAAGAUUGCAACAAAACGUAAAAAGAACGUAAGAAGAAUAUCGGUCAAGUACUAAGUUAUAAGAGCUUAGGGUUGAACGGUUGCAAAAUUAGUUUAAAAAGUUAGCAUGCUAAUGUUAGCUUGCUAGCAUGUUUACAGUUAGCAUGUGUCACGUGCCAAGGUAUAUGACUCUGAGGUUUACAGCUGCAAAAUUGGGUUAAAAGUUCACAAGUUAAUGUUAGCAUGCUAGCAUUUGUACAGUUAGCAUGUGUGAAGUACCAAGUUAUAUGCCUCGAAACAUAAGAAGAACAUGGGUCAAGUACCAAGUCAUAUGAGCUUAGGGUUGAACGGUUGCAAAAUGAGUUUAAAAAGUUAGCGCGCUAAUGUUACCUUGCUAGCAUGCUUACAGUUAGCAUGUGUCAAAUGUCUAGUUUGGGACACGGGACAGGAACAAGAUUGCAACAAAACGUAAGAAGAACAUGGGUAAUGUACCAAGUCGUAUGAGCUUAGGGUUGAACGGUUGCAAAAUGAGUUGAAAAAGUUAGCACGCUAUUGUUAACUUGCUAGCAUGCUUACAGUUAGCAUGUGUCAAGUACCAAGUUAUAUGCCCCGAAACGUAAGAAGAAAAUGGGUCAAGUACCAAGUCAUAUGAGCUUAGGGUUGAACGGUUGCAAAAUUAGUUAAAAAAGUUAGCACGCUAAUGUUAGCUGGCUAGCAUGCUUACAGUUAGCAUGUGUCAAGUACCAAGUUAUAUGCCCCGAAACGUAAGAAGAAAAUGGGUCAAGUACCAAGUCAUAUGAGCUUAGGGUUGAACGGUUGCAAAAUGAGUUAAAAAAGUUAGCACGCUAAUGUUAGCUUGCUAGCAUGCUUACAGUUAGCAUGUGUCAAAUGUCUAGUUUGGGACACGGGACAGGAACAAGAUUGCAACAAAACGUAAGAAGAACAUGGGUAAUGUACCAAGUCGUACGAGCUUAGGGUUGAAUGGUUGCAAAAUUAGUUGAAAAAGUUAGCACACUAAUGUUAGCUUGCUAGCAUGCUUACAGUUAGCAUGUGUCAAAUGUCUAGUUUGGGACACGGGACAGGAACAAGAUUGCAACAAAACGUAAGAAGAACAUGGGUAAUGUACCAAGUCGUAUGAGCUUAGGGUUGAACGGUUGCAAAAUGAGUUUAAAAAGUUAGCACGCUAAUUUUAGCUUGCUAGCAUACUUACAGUUAGCAUGUGUCAAGUACCAAGUUAUAUGCCCCGAAACAUAAGAAAAAAAUGGGUCAAAUACCAAGUCGUAUGAGCUUAGGGUUGAACGGUUGCAAAAUUAGUUGAAAAAGUUAGCACGCUAAUGUUAGCUUGAUAGCAUGCUUACAGUUAGCAUGUGUCAGGUGUCUAGUUUGGAACAGGAACAAGAUUGCAACAGAACGUAAGAAGAACAUGGGUCAAGUACCAAGUCAUAUGAGCUCAGGGUUGAACGGUAGCAAAAUUAGUUGAAAAAAUUAGCACGCUAAUUUUAGCUUGCUAGCAUGCUUACAGUUAGCAUGUGUCAGGUGUCUAGUUUGGAACAGGAACACGAUUGCAACAAAACGUAAGAAGAACAUGGGUCAAGUACCAAGUCAUAUGAGCUCAGCGUUGAACGGUUGCAAAAUGAGUUGAAAAAGUUAGCACGCUAAUGUUAGCUUGCUAGCAUGCUUACAGUUAGCAUGUGUCAGGUGUCUAGUUUGGAACAGGAACAAGAUUGCAACAAAACGUAAGAAGAACAUGGGUCAAGUACCAAGUCAUAUGAGCUCAGCGUUGAACGGUUGCAAAAUGAGUUGAAAAAGUUAGCACGCUAAUGUUAGCUUGCUAGCAUACUUACAGUUAGCAUGUGUCAAGUACCAAGUUAUAUGCCCCGAAACGUAAGAAGAAAAUGGGUCAAGUACCAAGUUAUAUUCCCCGAAACAUAAGAAGAAAAUGGGUAAUGUACCAAGUCGUAUGAGCUCAGCGUUGAACGGUUGCAAAAUUAGUUGAAAAAGUUAGCACGCUAAUGUUAGCUUGCUAGCAUACUUACAGUUAGCAUGUGUCAAGUACCAAGUUAUAUGCCCCGAAACGUAAGAAGAAAAUGGGUCAAGUACCAAGUCAUAUGAGCUUAGGGUUGAAUGGUUGCAAAAUUAGUUGAAAAAGUUAGCACGCUAAUGUUAGCUUGCUAGCAUGCUUACAGUUAGCAUGUGUCAAAUGUCUAGUUUGGGACACGGGACAAGAACAAGAUUGCAACAAAACGUAAGAAGAACAUGGGUAAUGUACCAAGUCGUACGAGCUUAGGGUUGAAUGGUUGCAAAAUUAGUUGAAAAAGUUAGCAUGCUAAUGUUAGCGUGCUAGCAUUUGUACAGUUAGCAUGUGUCAAGUACCAAGUUAUAUGCCCCGAAACGUAAGAAGAAAAUGGGUAAAGUACCAAGUCAUAUGAGCUUAGGGUUGAACGGUUGCAAAAUGAGUUUAAAAAGUUAGCACGCUAAUGUUAGCGUGCUAGCAUUUGUACAGUUAGCAUGUGUCAAGUACCAAGUUAUAUGCCCCGAAACAUAAGAAGAAAAUGGGUCAAGUACCAAGUCGUAUGAGCUAAGGGUUGAACGGUUGCAAAAUGAGUUAAAAAAGUUAGCACGCUAAUGUUAGCUUGCUAGCAUGCUUACAGUUAGCAUGUGUCAAGUGUGUAGUUUGGGGUUAGGGUUAGGGUUAGGUUAGGGUUAACCCUAACCCCAACCCUAAUCCUGACCCCUAACCCUAAAACGUAAGAAGAACAUCGCCAUCUGCUGGUUGUGGCGAGUCACUUCCCUUUAGCGAGAAAAGAAGCGCUAACUCGUUUUUGUUUUCGACCCUGGAAAAGUGACAACCCUACAAGUUGCUAGCUGGAGAACAAGGCAGUACAGUAGGUAGACGUAGCUAACUCCUUCCAUUUAUCCGUUUUUGGUUUUUUUUUGGUUGACUAUUUCCCGUUGUGUUGGAAUGAUUGUUUGCUUCCUCAUGCUUUGUUAGCAUUUUUGUUGCAUGCACACUUUGAGGCCAAACUGCUGUAAAAGUCUGGAAUGUUCCGCGUACUUAUUGAGGUCGGCUGUGGGGGGUCACUCACUCCUGCUGACGCCCCCAACAACCCCCCCACCCCCCCUACUCGGUCACGCUGACCUUCCAGGGAACGCCCCCGCUCGUUUGUCAGGACGCGACACGCAAUAUGUAACGCCGCCAUCUAAUCGGAGCGGGAGAGGCGCGGACCUCCCGCCCGCGGGGGACUCGUAAAUCUCCCCCCUCGCCCCCCUUGUCCCCCCCACCCCCCAGCAUUAAUUUACAUUAUCUCUGCAAAUUUAUGGAGACGUGAGAAGGUAUUUUAUCUGCUGUGUUAAACGCUUUGUCCUCCCUGUCCGCCGCUAAAACACCAUCAUGCCAAACUGUGAAAGUGUCAAAGUAUAAAAAGAACCUGAUAAAAAGUCCUUGGUUUUUUUUAUUGUUUUUUUUUGUUUCUUUUUUUCUGUUUGAGGUAGUUAUUUAUUUAUUUUCUUAUUGU